AUGGGCAAGGCAAUUUAUAAGUAUGGGUUAAAAGUCAUUAAGGAACGAAAGAAAAGGUUAUGGAGGUAUUAUCCGGAGUUCCAAAAAGUAGAUUUAUUUGAAAAAAAAAACCCGAGAGCAAGUCCUGACGACAGUAAGCAAUUAGUUGCGUUUAGUAUAUUGAUCUUAAAAAACUUCAAACGCAAAGAAGUUUUAGCCGUUUUUGACCGCCCUAAAUUUUUGCUUCUCCCGAUGAAACACUACAAGAUCCGUAAACUUCGAGAGAAUGAUUUAAUAAUGCUUAGGUGUUACUAUGAGGAUCAUAUUCCAACAUGGAUCGAAUUACAGAUCUCAAAGCUAACCAAUAUGUUAGUAACGCAUCUCGUAACUUUGUAUUUAACAGUGGAUGUAUCGAUACAAAUUAGGACCGCGAGUAAAAUUGAUGAUGGUUCGACAACAGCCGGUGUUUUCAGACAGCAAUUCCCUCAACAAAUGAAACGAUCAUGA